AUGACAAACUGGGAUGAGAUGCAAGAACAUUUUCUUGAGGAAGAGUUUGUUUUACGUGACAGUACUUUACAUGAUCAACAGGUUUCUCAUAUUGAAAAUGCUGGUUCAGAAUAUUUGAGAAGUUUUUUUUUCAAAACAGUAUGGAAUAAAUGAAAGGGCAACGAUUCUAGAAGCACCAUAUUUUGAUGUAACCAAACAAUUGCCAUAGGAUAUUAUCCAUAUUUUUCUUGAAGGUAUUUUAAGUUAUGAAAUUAAAUAUCUAAUGAAAUACUUCUCUGAUAACAGAAUUUUCCCACUUCAUGAAUUGAACCAAGAAAUUGACAACUUUGAUUAUGGUUACUCUGAGUUAAAAGACAAACCAGCUCCCAUAAAGGAGGCUGACCUAGAAUUUAAGUCCAGUUCAAACCUAGAGUGCAAGUCAGAUGUGGUUUCUUGCUCACAUGCUUCCUCUUUUUCUAGGUGGCAAAGUAAAUUGUAAUGAACCACACUGGAACACGUUUAUUUCUCUUCUAGAAAUCAUGGGUAUUUGCCUUGCUCAUAAAGUUACUUUUAGCUCUAUAAUUAAUUUAAAGCGUUUAAUCAAGGAACAUUUGACGUUGUUUAAGAGUGUGUACCCAGAUGCAAGAAUCUUACCCAAACAGCAUUACCUGGUUCAUUUGCCAACCCAGAUAAUGAUGUUUGGGCUUCUAAUCCAAAGUUAG